AUGAUAGUAGAUGUACGAGAUGUAGCUGAAGCACUGCUAUUGGAAUAUGAGAAGCCCGAAGCUGAAGGAAGAAUAUUACCUGGUGGGCUUUCCAGAUCAGGGUUCAUCCGUAACCACGAAAAGGUGGGCACAGUUGGAGGUGGGACUCAACUUGCAUCUCAAUCGGCUUGCCUGAACCUUCUUGGCGUGAAAGGUGCAAGCAAGGAGUCCCCAAGAUCGAACUCAAGGCUUUUAGCAACCAUAGUAGCUGGUUCAGUUUUGGCAGGGGAGCUCUCCUUGAUGUCCGCCAUUGCAGCUGGGCAGCUUGUCAAGAGCCACAUGAAAUCCAACAGAUCAAGCAAAGAUGUCUCAAAAAUUGCCUCUUAAGAGGAAAGAAGAAAGUUAAACAUUCAAAGAGGCUGAGAAGACAAAAUUGGGGAAGAGGAACGAUGCCCAUGUGAGAUCGCUUCUUGAUGUAGCUAUAAAGGUAGCAAUCAUGCGAUGGUGCUAACUUGCCUGGUUCUACUUUACUCUUUAUCUAUAUCUCUAAGCAUGACAUACAUUCCCUAGUGACUUGUGACCAUUGGAGGCCCCACAUAUCUGGUUUGUAUCGCUUUCCAAUUGUGAAUUUGAACCUUGUCCUGUUUUCUAGUUGUUUCUGUCAUAUUAUUUGUCCUUGGGGGGCCACAUUGUUUCAGAGCUGGAUCAAUUGUUGUUUCUUCCCCUAUUACUUUGUACAUUCUCAGAACUUGAAUUUGAUGAUGGAUAUAUAUUUUUUGUUUGGUAUUAGUAUCUAACUA